UGCCCCCGGUCCGGGAUGCGGCACCCGCCCCUCGGGGCGCGCCGAGGGGUCCCGGUACCCGGGCGGCGGCGACCUCCGAGCGCGCAAGUCCCGCGCAGGGCCCGCUCGGGAGCGCCCCCCCGCUCUGCUCCCCGCGGGCGGGCAGGUGGGCGGGGCGGCGCUAGGGCCCGGGGCGGCGCGGCGGCGGCGGGGCCGGGCGGGGGUGGCCCCUCCCGGGCGCAGCGCGAAGGCGGGCGCGGGGCAUGGUCCCGGUCCCGGUCCCGGUCCCAGUCCCAGUCCCGGCGGCGCGGAGCGGGCGCGGAGCGGUGGCAUGCGGCGCGGAGACAUGCGGCUCUGCCUGCGCGCUGCCCCGCCGACAUGGACCGCCGCCGCCUGCCGCUGCUGCUGCUGCCGCCGCCGCUGCUGCUGCUCUGCGCUGCCCUCGGCGCCGCCGCCGCCGCUGCCACCGCCGGGCGUCUGAGCGCCCGCCCCGGCAACGAAGUUAAUCUGCUGGACUCAAAAACAAUUCAAGGGGAGCUGGGCUGGAUCUCCUACCCAUCACAUGGGUGGGAAGAGAUUAGUGGUGUUGAUGAGCAUUAUACUCCAAUCAGAACUUACCAGGUGUGCAACGUUAUGGAUCACAGUCAAAACAAUUGGCUGCGAACAAACUGGAUUCCGCGCAAUUCAGCUCAGAAGAUAUACGUGGAGCUCAAAUUUACCUUGCGGGACUGUAAUAGUAUCCCCUUAGUUCUGGGCACUUGCAAAGAGACUUUCAAUCUGUAUUAUAUGGAGUCUGAUGAUGACCAUUUGGUAAAGUUCAGAGAGCAUCAGUUUACAAAGAUCGACACCAUUGCAGCUGAUGAGAGCUUCACCCAGAUGGAUCUUGGGGACCGAAUUCUAAAGCUGAAUACAGAAGUCCGUGAGGUGGGGCCUGUCAGCAGGAAAGGCUUUUACUUGGCUUUUCAAGAUGUAGGUGCGUGCGUUGCCUUAGUCUCAGUGCGAGUGUACUUCAAAAAGUGCCCUUUCACUGUCAAGAACCUCGCCAUGUUUCCAGAUACAGUACCCAUGGACUCCCAGUCACUGGUGGAGGUGCGGGGUUCUUGUGUCAAUCAUUCCAAGGAGGAAGAGCCGCCCAAGAUGUAUUGCAGUACAGAAGGAGAAUGGCUAGUGCCCAUAGGGAAGUGCUUGUGUAAUGCUGGCUAUGAAGAAAGAGGCUUUGCGUGCCAAGCUUGUCGACCUGGGUUCUACAAAGCCUCUGCUGGCAACGUGAAGUGUGCCAAAUGUCCACCUCACAGCUCCACCUACGAAGAUGCAUCUCUGAACUGCAGGUGUGAAAAGAAUUACUUUCGCUCUGAGAAAGACCCUCCAUCCAUGGCUUGCACCAGACCACCAUCUGCUCCAAGAAACGUUAUCUCUAACAUCAAUGAGACAUCUGUUAUCCUGGACUGGAGCUGGCCUCUUGACACUGGAGGUCGGAAAGAUGUCACUUUCAACAUCAUUUGCAAAAAAUGUGGAGGAAACACCAAGAUGUGUGAGCCUUGUAGUGACAACGUGCGAUUCUUACCCCGUCAGACUGGACUCACCAACACGACGGUGACAGUAGUGGACCUUUUGGCACACACCAAUUACACUUUUGAGAUUGAUGCAGUCAACGGGGUAUCCGACUUGAGUACGCUUUCCAGACAGUUUGCUGCUGUCAGCAUCACAACUAAUCAGGCUGCUCCGUCCCCCAUCACAGUCAUAAGGAAAGACAGGACGUCCAGGAACAGCGUGUCUCUGUCUUGGCAAGAACCCGAACAUCCAAAUGGGAUCAUCUUGGACUACGAAGUCAAAUACUAUGAGAAGCAGGAGCAAGAGACGAGCUAUACUAUCCUGAGAGCCAAAGGCACCAAUGUCACCAUCAGUGGCCUCAAACCUGAUACCACCUACGUCUUCCAAAUUCGAGCCCGAACUGCAGCUGGAUAUGGGACAAACAGCCGCAAGUUUGAAUUUGAAACCAGUCCAGAUUCAUUCUCCAUUUCCAGCGAGAACAGCCAGGUCGUAAUGAUUGCCAUUUCAGCGGCAGUAGCCAUUAUCCUCCUCACAGUUGUGGUGUACGUCUUGAUUGGGAGAUUCUGUGGAUACAAGAAGUCUAAGCAUGGCACUGAUGAGAAAAGACUACAUUUUGGGAAUGGCCAUUUGAAACUCCCAGGCCUGAGAACUUACGUCGAUCCGCAUACAUAUGAAGAUCCUAAUCAAGCUGUGCAUGAAUUUGCCAAGGAACUAGAUGCUUCUAAUAUCUCCAUUGAUAAAGUAGUUGGAGCAGGGGAAUUUGGAGAAGUUUGCAGUGGGCGCCUGAAGCUGCCUUCUAAAAAGGAAAUUUCAGUGGCUAUCAAAACCCUGAAAGUUGGUUACACAGAGAAACAGAGGAGGGACUUCCUUGGAGAAGCAAGCAUCAUGGGACAGUUUGACCACCCUAACAUCAUUCGAUUAGAGGGAGUCGUCACUAAAAGUAAACCAGUUAUGAUUGUUACUGAGUAUAUGGAGAAUGGUUCCUUGGACAGCUUCCUACGGAAACAUGAUGCCCAGUUCACGGUCAUCCAGCUAGUAGGCAUGCUUCGAGGGAUCGCAUCUGGCAUGAAAUACUUGUCAGAUAUGGGUUAUGUCCAUCGAGAUUUAGCUGCUCGUAACAUCCUCAUCAAUAGUAACUUGGUAUGCAAAGUCUCAGAUUUUGGUCUCUCUCGUGUACUAGAAGAUGAUCCAGAAGCUGCUUACACCACAAGGGGGGGCAAGAUUCCUAUCCGAUGGACAUCACCAGAAGCCAUUGCAUAUCGGAAGUUCACAUCCGCCAGUGAUGCAUGGAGCUAUGGAAUUGUUCUCUGGGAGGUGAUGUCUUAUGGAGAGAGACCGUACUGGGAGAUGUCCAACCAGGAUGUGAUUAAGGCUGUUGAUGAAGGGUACCGCUUGCCACCUCCUAUGGACUGCCCAGCUGCCUUGUAUCAGCUGAUGCUGGACUGCUGGCAGAAAGACAGAAACAACAGACCCAAGUUUGAGCAGAUUGUCAGCAUCCUGGAUAAGCUGAUCCGUAAUCCCAGCAGUCUGAAGAUAAUCACCAAUGCGGCGGCAAGGCCAUCAAAUCUUCUCCUGGACCAAAGUAACAUUGACAUUUCAGCCUUCCGCACGACGGGUGAUUGGCUCAAUGGUUUUCGGACAGGGCAGUGCAAAGACAUUUUCACAGGCGUGGAAUACAGUUCCUGUGAUACAAUAGCCAAGAUUUCUACAGAUGACAUGAAGAAAGUUGGCGUUACAGUUGUGGGGCCUCAAAAGAAGGUUGUGAGCAGUAUCAAAGCUCUAGAAACUCAUACAAAGAACAGCCCCGUUCCUGUGUAAGGUACCAAAAUGAUGUUGCUCAGGAGAGAAGAAAAGUUGUGUCACAGGUCAAAAGUGAUGGCUGAUAAACGGCAGAAUUUAAAGGAGUUCUUUGCAACAGCUGUGGAAACCUAAUGGUUGAAAUUUGAAACCCACUAAGAUACUCAAAUGUUGAGUAUAAAUGCCUUAAAAAUAGGAGCGAACUUGUUUUCUAUCUGUUAAUCCUAAAGGGUGGGUGCUCUUGACUGACUGUUAAUACAGAUAGUAAAUUUCAAAAGAGAAAUAUGUAAAAAUCCUUCCAAGUAAAAACCAGUGAUACUAAAACAUAGAGCCAUUUGAAUAUUAAGUGACUGAAUAACACGAGAAACCCAUGGACAUAAAAGCUGUGUAUUUGAUCUAUACAGCAAACAAGAAGAAAGAAAGACUUGCAGUAUUUUUAUACAGAAGAGAUCUGUAACAGGUAUUUUAUUUCUUUAAAAGCAAGGAAAAUAGAGGACAAUACCUCACAACCUGUCUGGCCAUAUUUACUAUAAUGUCAUUGUAACAUGCUAUUUCCACUUCAGAAAGGAACACCGAAAUAAAGUUUGUAGUGGCUUUG